CAUCCAUAGACAGUGACAUCUGAACCGAUCCAAUUAAUAUCAGGAGUUUGUUUCUAAUUUUAUGCAAAAUUGUUAUCUUUUUUAUUAUUUUAACCAUUUAUCAUUAAUGGUAAAUAAAUAUACAAUCCACAAGAAUAAUAGUGCAUAAAUUGAGAAGCCCUGCAAGAAAGAAAGGCUAAAGAAGAUACAGUUUUAAAUAAGACUCUUAUUCUGGUAUAAAAAAUGGAGAGUGAACAAUUUUCUUUAUCGUGGAAUAAUUUUCACAGUAAUUUAAGUGCCGGAUUUCAUUCGUUAUUACAAGAUGAAGAUCUGGUUGAUGUUACUUUGGCAGCAGAAGGGCAGUACUUGAAAGCCCACAAGACCAUUCUAUCUGUGUGUAGUCCUUAUUUUAAAGAAUUAUUCAGAGUAAACCCUUGCAAACAUCCCAUUGUAAUAUUGCAAGAUGUAAACUAUAGUGCAUUAAAAAAUCUAUUACAGUUUAUGUACUAUGGAGAGGUGAGUGUCAGCCAAGAAGAAAUUCCUAUAUUUAUGAGAGUUGCAGAGACUUUAAAAGUAAAGGGUCUCACUGACACUGGCUCAAAUGGUUUUUUGGAAAGAAUGACAACUGAACAUAUAGAAACAAGACCUGCUGAAAGACAUCACAAACCUUCUAAAAAGAUUAUCAAACAUGUACAAUCAAGAUCAACAGAGAGUCCACAUUCUUCAUACUCAUCUCAUCCCAGUGAGUCUCCAAGACUGGUUAAAUCACCUGAACCAACACCUGUCAAAAGAAAGUUCACUGAAGAAUCCAGUUCAGAAGUUAUUAAUAAAGCAAUGCUGAAUCCUAAAGAAGAGCCUGUAGAGCAAAAUGAAGAAUACACAGACUUAUCAUAUGAUGACAGUUUAGACAUGUCUUCAAUGUUGAAUACUUCUAUCACAGAGUCCCCUCAUCCUUCAGGCAGCUGGAUGCCACCUAAUCAGACACAGUCGAUGACAGAUACCUCAAGUCCUGGUACGCUCCAAUGCAUUCUUGGAAGGAGGGGAAAUCCCCGAUUGAUCGUCGACGGACACACUUUCUUUAAGAAAAGUGCAUAUAAAGGAAAAUCAUUCUGGUAUUGUAAGCACAGUCGAAGCCCCUACAAAUGCGUCGCUGUCUGCUGGACUCUGCAUGGGAAUAUCGUCAAAUGGCCUUGUGAACACAACCAUCCCGUCAUUGCAGAACCAUUCAAUCCCGAAGAAGACACCGACGUUCCAAUCGAGAAAUUGCAAGAAGUUUUGAUACAGACAUCCUACGCGAAUAGAAGUGACUUCUAAAUUUUUCGAUUUUUACAAUUUUAUUCCUUUCUUAUAAGUGAAAACAUUUUAUUAUUAUUAUUAUACUUAUAUGUAAUUAUUAUGAUUUAUUAAUGACAAUGAUCAGUUAGAUGGUAAGAAAUCGAAGUUUUAGUUUUCGUUUUACUUUUAAUUAUGAAUAUUUUUCGUCUAUUUACCUUAGUGUUCUUUUUAUAUAUAAGCAUGGGAAGUAAAACACAUUUUUUUAUUGUGAAAGUCUUUAUUAUAUUCUCUAGCAAAAUAAAACUUGUUCAAACUGUAACAAAUUAAUUAAACUAAUGUAUGUUAAGACAAGGGCCAAGAAGAUUAUAUUUAUAGGUGGUCUCCUUUUUAUGAAAAGUCGAAGAGGUCACCCAGUGGUGAUUCACAACGGUCACAUCUACACCUUGUACCAAAAAUUUGAGAGU